UUAUUUGCACUAAUAAAUAUUGAAAAUUGCAUUGAUUUACCCAAAAUCCGUUAAAUAUGUUGUUGUAAUAUAUUUCACACUUAGUUUUAUAAUAAACAAGUAAGUAGAUAGAGGUCUUGCCGUGAGAUGAGUGAAGAAAUGAGUGAUAUUACUAUGACAAGCACUGAAGCGGAUUCGUCUCAAGCUCAUGGCCAUGAAGGCACAUCAAGCGCCAAUACUGAUGAUGCGGGAUCCAGCAGUGCAACAACCCCCACUGGUACUGAAGGCCAAGCCUCGAGGCAAUCCAAUCUGCAGCGCAUACAACAACGCAAGCAACAAGUGUUCAAUUGGCCUAACAACAAGAAACUUCUUAAACUUGCCAUAUACUCUGCCUGUCAGACCGCAGAUUGUACCUGCAGUGGAUGGAAGACACCUGUGCCCCAGCCAGCAGCCAAAGUAAACGCCAGAAAUGACAACCAACCCCAAGCCACCUUCAAUGACCCCUGUCGUCAUUGUGGUCAUAUAUUAGAAAAUCAUGUAACACAACUGCAAGGUUUGCCAGUGAAUGAAGUCAAUAGAUUACUUGGGGCCGUAGUUGAUGUAGAGAACAUCUUUACGUCUAUGCACAGAGAAGAUGACCAUGAUACGAAAAGGGUUUACUACUACCUAUUUAAACUUCUGCGGAAAUGUAUCCUGACUCGUACCCAACCACGUAUCGAGGGUCCACUAGGCCAGCCACCCUUUGAACGACCAUCCAUUGCGAAGGCCAUCACAAGUUUUGUACUGUACAAAUUUCAAGCACUACCACAGCGCGAAUGGCAGACAAUGUAUGAUUUAGCAAAAAUGUUCCUACAUUGUUUUAACCACUGGAACUUCGAGACUCCGAGUGUAAGGAAAUUGCAAGUCUCAAAUCCGGAGGAUAUAUCUGCAUAUCAAAUUAAUUACACAAGAUGGUUAGUGUUCUGCCAUGUGCCAGCAUUCUGUGAUUCACUGCCCCACUAUGACACGUCGCUGGUGUUUGGGCGGACACUACUCCGAGCGGUGUUCAAAUCUGUCUGCAGACAACUCAUGGACAAGUGUCACUCUGAACGGGAUCGGAUGCCACCUGAAAAACGAGUGCUGGUUCUUACACACUUCCCACGGUUCCUGGCGUUGCUCGAAGACGAAAUCUUCAGCGCCAACUCACCAAUCUGGGAUCCAGAGUACAAACAAGUGCCGCCCACCCAUCUUCAAGCCAUACUAGAGAAUAAAACAACUGGUCGUCGGGGGGAAUUUGAGCGUGUUACAGCUAGCGGUGACAGCAAAGAUGGGUUCACCACCGUGUCAUUAUCAGCAGGUUCAGUAAAACAAGAUGGCGGAUUAAAACGAGGCGCAGAAAGUCGGUGUGAUGAUACCAGCGGGAGUAACGCCAAGCGGCGGCGAGGUGAGGUCGCGGGGGCGGCGGGGGCUGAUGACGUCGGCGACCGCACUGUGGCAGAUAUCGUCGCCACCAUCAACGACCCUAACUAUAUGUGCGGUCCUGAUGCACUGUUUCAAAUGCAAGCGCCGCGCGAUGAGGCGGCCAAGUCUGAGGAACAAAGGAAGCUGAUUGAGUUCCAUGUCAUAGGCAACUCACUGACCGGGCCUGUCAACAAACAGACUAUGCUAUGGCUUAUAGGUCUUCAUAAUGUUUUCUCGCACCAGUUACCUGAAAUGACAAAAGAAUACAUAUCACAGUUGGUAUUUGAUCCUAAACAUAAAACUUUGGCGCUAAUUAAAGAGGGGAGACCAAUAGGGGGCAUCUGCUUUAGAACAUUCCGAGCACAGGGUUUCAGCGAAAUAGUGUUUUGUGCGGUGACAUCCAACGAGCAAGUGAAGGGCUACGGUACGCAUCUCAUGAACCACCUGAAGGAUUACCAUAUACGGACAAAUAUACUACACUUUCUUACAUUCGCCGAUGAAUUUGCUAUAGGUUACUUCAAGAAGCAAGGCUUCAGUAAGGACAUCAAGUUGCCUCGCGCUAUGUACCAGGGCUACAUCAAGGACUACGAGGGCGCCACGCUCAUGCAUUGCGAACUCAACCCGCGUAUCGUGUAUACGCAGUUCACAUCCGUUAUACGAAAGCAGAAGGAGAUUGUCAAGAAAUUAAUCGACAUGAGACAGAAGGAAGUCAGAAAAAUUCACCCAGGACUUACCUGCUUUAAAGAAGGAGUGCGAAGUAUACCGGUAGAAAGUAUCCCGGGGCUCCGCGAGACGGGCUGGCGCUCCGGUGCGGGCCCGAUGUCCUCGGGCCGCGCCCUCGAGUCGGACGCCGAGCCUGACGUAGCCGCACUAAGAAAUGUGCUCCAAGCGGUUAAAAAUCAUGCAGCAGCUUGGCCCUUCCUAAAACCAGUAGAUAAGUCCGAAGUUCCUGAUUACUAUGACCACAUCAAGUAUCCUAUGGAUCUCCGUACAAUGGGCGAACGACUCAAAGCUCGCUACUACGUGUCCAAGCGGCUGUUUAUUGCUGAUAUGACGCGUAUAUUUACUAACUGUCGACUUUACAAUUCUCCUGACACUGAUUAUUACAGGUGCGCGAACGGUCUAGAAAAAUAUUUCCAAUCGAAAAUGAAAGAAGUGGGCCUGUGGGAUAAAUGAUCUGAGUUCGAUUUCGACACGUUCUUCGUGCACGAGAUCGUAUCAGCAGCAGUCACGCAACCACACUCCAGCACCAGUAGAUGAAGUUCACACUAAUUAUACUUACACGGAAGAAGUAUCGAUAUUUUUUUGUUCGGAGUACUUUUGAUACGAUACCUUUGUAAUCGAUACUUUUAACAUGAUAGUUUUACUGGUAUAAAUACUUUUUGGCAGGUAUCAAAGAGUAUCGAGUGCUACACAGUAUUAAGUAAGUACUAAUCUCCCACAAUGUUUUAAAUUCUAUAUUGUUUAUUUUUUACUGUUGUAUAUUUAUUUUUAUGCAAAAAUAGUAUCUACAGAAAAGUAUCUAUAAUUGUAUCUUUGUUUCAAUUCUAUUAAUAUCUUCAAAUACUUGAUAGAUGUACAUAAUAAUUCUAAAUAAAUAAAAUGAUGCAAUAAUCGACUUGGAACAAUAGUUAUAGUAUAAGACUGACGAACUUUCAUGUAAGAAACAAAUAUUUCCAAAGUUUUAGUUAGCUAUGUCAGAGAUAAAUAGGCUUUGAUUUUGUUAGGGCAAAUUUAUAUGGUUUUAAGGUGUAGUUAUGCUAUACACAUAAGUGAAUUAAAUGUUCUACAAUUUCACAAAAUUUAUAUGAAAGGCGAACUCUUCUUUGUUCAUAUUACACAUGGAGCUGGUUUAUCCAUUAAACUAUUUUCCUAAAUUCACAGAAUGUAACAGACUAUAUGUAAUAGUUAAAAAUUAAUUUUAGUUUGUCUGAAUAAGAGGAAAAAAAUACGUAAUUUAGUAUGGCAACAGAACCGUGUUUUGUUUUAAUAGUUGAUAAGAUAAGUGCUGUGUUAGAAAUAAUUUUAGUAUUAUUGCAACACUGAAUUAAGAUUGACCACUUCUCAACUUAGAGGAAGAACUUUUAGUUAUAGCCAAAUAUGCUGCUUUAUGUCCCGUACAUAAAGCAGCAUAUUUAGCUGUAACUAAAAGUUCUUCCUCUAACUUUGUUUGCAUAGUGCUAUAAAAGCUACUAGUAAAGUAGGAAAAAUACAAAUUACAACAGCAACGGUGGAUCUUUAUGCCUCCUGAAACUAGUGGAUGGUAUUUUUUUUUUUUAUAAAAUAAGAGUUGUCCUAAUAGAUACUUACAAUUAGUAUAUUAUAACCGUAUCACGCAGGGUUGCCCGCGUCCAAUAGGAUAAAAAGAUAAGUGAAUUCUUAAUUAUUUUGCUACUAUAUUAAAAAUACAAUAAUAAAAAAAAUACGGUUAAUUGGUUAAAAUGUAUUAAUAAUAGAUAAGAUCUUAUAGUCAGUUAUUCGGUAUCUCUCACAUUUUCAUACAUUUAUGUAACCAACUUACAUAAAAUAGUCGUAAUCAUAAGGGAAAUAAUUGUGGACGGUUUAAUUUAUGCUUAAAUAUUAAGUAAUUCUCAGUCCAAGAAUUGUUUUUAUAUGGAAAUAAUUCAAUAGUAAAUAUUUUGUUUAUUGAAUGGACAGAUGGGUGACAUGAAAACUAUGGUUUAAAUACUAGUUCAAUUAUUAAACGUAAUUAGUUUUCCCUAAAUAAAUUAGAUAUUUUUAUUGUGAUUUUAAAUUAAUCCUAUUUAUUUUUGUUUAAAUUCUGUUAAUUGUAAUGGAAUUCUAUUCAAGGUUUCGUUUUUAUUUUUAACGUAAUAAAAUGUCUACCAACAAAAAAUGUUACAAGUUUAUGACAAUUUAAUCAUAAAGGGUACACUAAAUCGAAAGCAAAGGAAAACAUUCGGAAACUGAAACAUUUUCACAAAGAAACAAAGUCGAAACAAAUAUUGUUAUUUUCAUACUUAAUUUACCACUUGUCCGCAGUUUGUAUGAAGGUUUCAAUAUUUUUUUUAGUUCGCUCAUUUCAAUAUACUUUGAACAAU